AUGCACGUUAAGCUCGGUUCUACUCUGAGCGCUGGGAGCCUUCAAACACCUGGUAGUGACUACAGCAAUUGUAUUUGCAGUUACAUACUGUCAAUAGAAAAUGAGCAAGAUCUUAGAGAUUUUGUUCUGGAAAUACUGGGCAAUUCACAGCAAGGUGAACACACAGAAGCUGACACUCAGACAUUCGUAACUGAGUUGCUGCUUAGACAGAGGUCACGUGAUACUGCUGACAGCCUUCCAACAGAUCUACAGCUUUACAAAAAAUCUGUAGUUGAUGAUGAUUACAUACAAGGAAAGCAGCAAGAUAAAAGAAACAGGAAAAAACAAGAUAAAGCUAUAGCAGAGGAUAGUCAUGUUCAGCGCGCAUCUCCACUGGACGAACCCAAGAAAAAGAGCAAGUUUGUGUCACUGUAUAGCAGUGAGGGUGAAUCGGCUAGUGUUGUACAGCUGCCAGGAAGACACCGGUGCGACUGCCAGGCUGCCAAGCACAGACUGAUCAGCAACUGCAUGAGCUGUGGCCGCAUCGUGUGUGAGCAGGAAGGCUCCGGGCCAUGCCUGUUCUGCCAGACGCUGGUGUGUACCCGCGAGGAACAAGACGUUAUCAAUCGAAAUUCAAAGAAAAGUGAAAAGUUGAGGAAGAAGCUGAUGAUGAACACAGCAGUACAGGAUGAGAACAGACCCAGUGAUGAGCACCUGAGUAAGGCACUGGCACAUAAAGACAGGCUAUUGGAAUUUGACAAGACAUGCGUCAGUCGAACGAAAGUGAUCGACGAUCAGAGUGACUACUUUGCCGUGGACGGCAAUCGCUGGCUCAGCAGCAAAGAACGCGAGACCUUGCGAAAAAAGGAAGCUGAGCUACGAGAGAAGAAGAAUCCGUCGAGGAGAGGGAUGAAGAUCACGUUGGACAUUGCCGGUCGUAGAAUAAAGGAGGAAGACCGCUAUGAUCUAUCUGCGACAGAGGAGGUGCAGGAUUGGGCAGAUCGGGUGUCACAUGGUCGGGUUGACCCCUCGGACGCCAGUCGCUCGCUGGGCUUCCCUGCCUCGAAUUCUGAUAUGCUGCACCCCCUGGUGGACAAUCCACCAAAGUUCAUUCCAACCGGAUUAAAAUCUGCAGCGAGUGAUGUGGUGGGACACUCAGACAGCAAGCGUGCCGAGCUUCGCUUGCAAGACGGUGCUUUGCAGGAAAUGUCAGAUAAGGGGUGUUGCAUGAGCAUGCAUCAGCCUUGGGCCUCCCUCCUCAUCAAGGGCAUAAAGAGAGAUGAAGGACGAACAUGGUACAGUGCCCACAGGGGACGCCUCUGGAUUGCUGCGGGAGUGAAGGAACCAUCACACGAUGAGAUCAAGUCAGUUGAGAGGGAAUGCAGUGCGAAUAUAAACGGCAACGUCAUCUUUCCAGAGUACUAUCCGACUAGUUGUCUGUUGGGUUGUGUGGACAUUGAUGAUGUACUGCCUCAGGAACAGUACAGAGUACAGUACAAAGACGGAGAUUCGACGUCACCCUACGUGUUCGUGUGCAGGAAUCCGCAAGAGCUGCUGUUCAAGUUUCCCAUCAAAGGCCAACACAAGAUUUAUAAAUUAGAAUCGCACAUCCACAAAGCUGCGACGAAAUGUAUGAAUGCUGGCCAGUAGGUGGCGCUGUGAUGUCUCGGAUGCCAACCGUCCUGAGAAGCCGUUAGUAUUUGAGUUUUUCGCGGAGAACGCUCGCUGUGACAUAGCUCGUAAUGGGAGGUUACGUAAUAAUAAGUGCUUAAAUUCAUAAUACUUGCAUCUGUGAGCUUCUGCUUCUAGUGUUAAUAAUGUAAAUUCAUGUUGUUCUGUGUUUGCCAUAGUAUGGACUGAGCUGUUAAAGCAAGUUUACAUGGAAUCAUUCCUGUUUUAAAUCUCUUUGCGACUCUGAGCUGCUAAUGUGCAUUGCCAUUAUAGAUGUGAUUCGUUUAUCAUGGGAAAUAUAUUGAUCUAAUACAGAAUUUAUCUAGCUAUUUCAUUAUGCAUUGUGGCGCAAGUACACUUGCCAACGGGUCAAUAUGGCGGCCGCCGAUUUCGAACCCCCCAACGGCCACUGCUCCUAUUCAGCAUACUGGCGCAUUGUAUACAGUUGUUAACCACCCCGACAUACGCUAUUAAGCUAUGGGCAGUAGGAAUGUGUACUAAAAUUCUAGAUACCUAUAAACACAUGUCUUAGCUAUAA